UUUUUAAAUAUUCAUUUUUCUGAAAUUAUCAUAAAUGAAUUCAGAAAAUCGAAAUAUAUCGCUAGUGUUACAAUAUCUACAUUAUAUAAUAAAACAAAUGCUCAUGUAUUUUCGACGAUUCUUCACAUUCUAGAAUAUAAUGAAAUUCAGUGGCUACAACUUGUCUUUUUUUCUCUCUCUUAUUUUAUUUUUUACAUAGAUUAUAUGAAUGUUCAAUGAGAGAUACCUAUCCAUCUCCCAACUUCCACUGGUAAGCGGUGGUGUGAUGAGGUUCUAAAUUUGAACCCCCCCCCCCCCCCCCCCCCCAAAAGAAGAAGAUUGAAUGACAUGAAAUUACAUGACACGCAAUUCCAAUCGCGUAUGGCAUACAUACGUAGUCUUUGCAUUAUACAUUACUACCUUUACAUAAAUGUAUAUUUUUUCGCUUUUUAGACAAAAUUCUAAUAAGCUGCAUCAGUGCUUACGGAAACAUAACAAGUAAUUCCAAUUUAAUUGCCCUUGAUUGGUCCCCCUGAGUUCCUCGUUACAAAGCCACCCAUUCAAAACUAAAUCAAUACUCGAAGAUCCCAUUUUAGCUUAAUCGCUGGGAACUGGUGUAUUAACUUCCCGCUGAGGUUGUACAGUAGUUGUUAUUUUAUCCUUGAGGUGUUAACUGCAAUCUUCAAAAAUAUUCCAAGAACUAAAUCUGCCUCAACUGCUAUAAUUUAGCAAAUGAGUCUAUUCGUUCUCGUUCCACAACCCGGGAUUAAAUGGGAAAAUAUAUUUUUUAUUGCUUCUUGACAAGUGGACAUCAAAGGGAACUCGAUCAAACUGUACGAUGUACCUGUAAUAAUAAUAAAGAGAGGACGUUUAUCGUUCAGAGCCCCUGAGUUCAGGGCAGGGCUCUGGAGUUCAUAGACUAGAGUGAACACACAAUAUAUCUUUGAAAUUAUUGGACCCCAAGCAAAUACUGUAAUCCGAAAGUCUACAUCAGAGAAUCGCUGCUUAGUUAUACAUGUAAUGGGUUGGGGGGCAUCUACAGCAAUUUCUGGUCCCUGGGUCAAAAGUUGAAGCCAGCUAUAUUGGGUCAUUUAGUGGGGAAAACCACUGAAAUUUUAAGAAUAUUCUCUUAUAUUCCGUAGCAUGUAGCACGUUCACAGCAUUAUAGUCCCUGCAAACUAGAUUUAGGUGUUACUUCAGAAAUACAUUUCAUUAUUGUAAAUACAUUCAUUUGGGAUGCUUCAAGCCGACAGACCUUUUCAUUCAAUAUUUCUCCACCCUCUCCAAUUUGCAUCUAGGCGACAACAUUACAUUUAAAAUAUAUAGAGACAUUUUGACAUAAAAAGAUAAACUAUUCAUAUUUCUUAAUUUUCGGUUGUCAUUUCAUUGUCUCGGAAUUUAAUAGGACAUAUAUACUGGGGAUAGCAGGACUAUAUGACUGUGUAGAUUCUGCAAUCUUAAUGAGGUAGAGGACGGUUUCGUGUUGCACUGACACGUCCUUAUUACUCCACGCCAAGCUAGGAAUUGCAAUAAAUCAAGUUACUUUUUCAAAAGACCAUGCAAGUGUAUUUAAACUUAUUCAACUCUUUAGCAGCUGUUUAGUGAACAGCAUGUAAGAGAAAAACUUAUGAUUUAGCGACAUGUUAAAAUCUGGCUCUAAGUUUUAAUUAGUUCAUAAAUCGACAUGUAUUGGUUUAUUCAAUGCAUACCUAUCAGUUAUAUCUAUUGCAAAUGCAAAAGGUUUUUCUUUCUGGUUUUUGUUUUGUUUGUUUUGAACAUAUUUUAUUGUAUAUACUAUAUACAAAAGGAUUAGAAACAAGUUCUUGCAACUUACGAGUUCUUCUCCUUAUAAAAAUAGAAUAGCACACAAUUGUCAUUAAUAUACAGUAAAUAGUUAAUACAAUAAUGGUAUAUAUAGGUAUAUUCUAUAAGUAGUAGUACAAUAAAUGGUUUUUUUAAAACAUCAUGAACAUGCAUACAUGUAUCUGCUCACUCUCGUGUUAUGAUCACAAUACGAUAUAUGAUACAUAUAUGCGACAAUAUAUAUACGACACCACUGUAAACCUAGUAUCCCUGUGAUAUACCUGAAUCUAUUGUGUGGUAUAAAAUGCUGUCAGAUUUGUGCUAUUAAUAGAUCUGCUUUGUGUGAAUGAUCGAACAUAAAAUAUGAAGUCCAUUCCAUAUAUAUGUACUCAUUUCCACAUGCCGAGAUAAGUACAUGGUUUAAAUUACAUUAGAACAUGGGCCUCUUGUUUUAAUUCCGAAAACUCAAAACGAAAGUAAACUCACUGUAAAAUGCAUAUUGAUUUGCGCCAAAAUGCAUGCGAUAUCACAUCCAUAUGUAGGUCAGAUCUGUUUAUAAACAUAAAGCUAGUGUGUGAAGUACAGCAGGUUUUUUAAAAUCGCUGCGGCACACAGUAACAAGAAAUGCACUUCUAUUUUCUCUUUGUAAUGGAUUUGGAGUAUUUUGAGCCAUAAUGUCUGGCAAUCUAGAUGCCCAAAAAUUCGAUCAAGACCAGGGUGAUGAACACGAGGAACUACACGUACAAGAGGAUGCGGAUCAAAUCCAAAAUACUUCCAAAUUAGACGUCAAUUCCGAGUUAGUCGAAAAUUCAUUGAAGAAAGGUGAUAUUGAAAAGGCGGGGAUUCAUCAGGAAAAAGUUACAUUUUUAACAUUUGAUCAUAGAAACGUAAAAUCAUGCUGUGUCCUCUUGUGCAGAGGUAAAUGCCCAAGCAGUGGUGAACACUGUCGGUAUAUCAAGUUGACAAUUUCAUUUUCGUUUAACAUUGUGCUCGUUGCUUUAAUUAUUUUCGUUGUCGCACGUAAUGGAAGCGAUGAUUCGUUAGACAAAUCGUUACAAACAUCGCUCUUCUCCGCCUCUCAGAUACAAGCUAGGAAGGAGUGCGGGAAGGAUAGUGUUUGUGUUCAAUGUAAAACUGAGGAAAAGAGACACAGACUGACCGCUUCUCGACUUAGUUCAAAUGAGAUCUGUUGUAAGGAAAAUUCAAAAUCAUUCAAGAUUCUGACACGUCUGUUAACCUCAGAAAAAAUGGGACAGAAAUCAAAUGACUGCAUGUUUAUGUACCUUUCGACGCACCCAAAGAAAGGUGAUGCACAUAAAGAGGCUUUAUCAAACGAGCGUGACACACUGCAACUGUUUCCCGGAAACAAAAUAAUUAUUCAAAAAGGUGGAUUUUACGUCAUCUUCUUUGCUGUGACGCAAACUUCAGUUCGUCAUGGCAACGUAAGCAUCGAUAUCUUGAGAUACAGUGAGAAAGAACACGUUCUUCUGUCAAUUUUUCUAGGAAGUAAAGACGGUGUAUUGACGUACGAUGUCGAGCAGGCGUCCGAUGUCUUCUUUCUCCGGAGAGGAGAUUCCUUAACCAUUCGGAUAAAAGGACAAGAAAAUUUGUAUCGAAUUAAAGAAUCCAAUUAUUUUGGUAUGUAUAGAAUUGGUUCUUUAACGAGGCCGAUGCAAAGACCUCAAAACUGAACUGAAGAAUUUGUCUGUUUUAACCCAUGACAACAAAGAUGCAAAGGGACCCUUAUUUCAUUUCAUGUACAUAUAGCAGGGCCGUAAAUUACAUGGAGGCGGAGGAGGCAGCUGCCUCCUCCAACUUUUGAGCCAAAAAAAAAUUAAAAUUUAAAGUUCAUUAGAAUUUAUGUUGUUUCCAAUAACUAAGAACAUGAUACCUCCCUUAAAAAGCAUUCCAAAUCUUUCUUUUAGAAUGAGUUAGUCAAGUAACAUCUUAGAAGGCCCUAGAAUCAAGGAUUUUGCACGAAACGUGUUCAGUGUGCACAAAAUGUGCCCCCAGACCCCCGCCUAAUUUCCUGCCUCCUCCAAAUUGAAGGUUAAUUUACGGCCCUGAUAUAGAUGCAGGUAAUCUAUGUAAUAUGUGUAUAAUUGGCACUUGUUAAAAUAAUUCAAUGUCAACUUUUAAGACAAUUUUGCGUUUUUUGCUGUUGUCGAUCUUCCUCUUGUUCUUGUACAGUGUAGUACAUUUUGUCUACAUAGAAUAAAGAACACAACUCAAUGUAUUAUCGAUGAUCUCAUACUGUAUGUAAAAUGACAGUUUAUACAAAUCAAAAUUUCGUGUUUUAUCUAAAAUACAUUUUUGUUUUAUGUCCCAUUCGAAAUUUUUCACUCAACCACCAGCUGUAAAAGAAUUGUCACAUAUUUUGACCUAGAUGUAUGACGCAUAGGGCUGCAGUAGUAUAGGGUUUGUUAUCGUACCAACGCACGUUAUUCAAAUCACACCCAGAAAAACACGUGACUUUCCCUUCUAAUACUGAGGGCGUGACGCGUGAACAGUCACAACCUAUGUUUAGCGUGUUAUGACAUUGCACCGGGAUCGAGAAUCGCACCCGGGACACCGAAGCAAACGUUCUAACACUAGGGGAUCAGUGUCCACUCUCUAAUAAGGCAGGUAAACGUUUAUAGGACCAGGAUGUACCGGUAACUUUCUGAUACAAAAUAUAAUAGCAGCCUUGUCAAUGCUCAAUUAUUAACUACGCAAGUAUACUGAUAUGUACUUCAUGUAAGAUACGAUUUAAAAUAAGAUGUCGUUGGGAAACAAAAUGCCCACGUGCAUGGCUUUGUUUUAUUGUGGUACAUUUGACCUUGAUCUUUAGCGGUCCUACACAUAUAUAACAAUAACUCUGUCCUUUCAACUAGCAAAGCAUGGCUUUUGUAUUCUUUAUAGGAUUUAUGAUAUUGAUCGCUGUUCGUUAUAUUGACUUUUUAGCUCACCUGGGCCGAAGGCUAAGUGAUCUUUUCUAAUAAAACUUUGUACGUUGUUCGUCGGCGUAAACUAUUCACAUUUCAUCUUCUUCUUCAGGACCACUAGGCCAAUUUCAACCAAACCUUGCUCAAAGCAUCCUUGAGUAAAGGGGAUUCAAGUUUGUUCAAAUGAAGGGUCAUGCCCCCUUCAAACGGGAGAUGAUCACAAAAAGACAAAAAUAUUGUGGUGUAAUUUAAAAAUCUUCUUCUCAAGAACCACUGGGCCAGAAACGCUGAAAUUUACGUGAAAUUUAUUUCUUUACUUUUUACAUUUCGUCAUUUUUCGUUAUUUUCCGUAAAUACAUUUCGCAGGUUUAUGAGCUCAUGCACGAGCGCUUUUGUGCUUAGUAUAUAUACUACUACUGGCCAGUUUUCGGCCAGUGCGAAGUUUGUUAUAAGCAACAAAGGUCGCUUUUGUAUUUUUGUGCCUUAGCCCUCCCUCCCACCCAGCCCAUGUUCAGUUUUGAAUUCAUAUGCUUUCAUUAGUGAUUUUUCAGCUUUGUCGAUUUGAUGUUGCUUAUUAAAAGUGAUCUUGUAAAGAACGCAACCAACCUAUUCACUUUUUCCGUUUUGUUUUAUUAUCAAAUAGUCAAGAAAAUAUUUAUUUUCGGACGAGGGCACAGAGGGAGAAAAUAAAGCUUCCUGACAUAGUGGAGAUUUAAAUCAAUGUUGGGGCCACAAUGGAGGAUCAAAACUAUAUAUGCGAAUGUAUAGGGAGCCAAACUCGGCACAAAGCAUCCAUAGAUGAAAUUUGUUAAUAUGAAAUGCCAUAUCCGUCUACAAGGGCAUAUGAUAAUUUAAGUUAAAUAAUUAAGUUUGAUAAUUUAUGAAUUUUUAGUCGUUACUUUUGAAAAGUUUUUUUCUGAACCAAUGUGCUUGUAUAAUGAUAGUUUUGCUCAAGCUUGUUUAUUGCUAGGAACUGCUGCUCAGGUGAGCAAUGCGACCCAAGGGCCUCUUGUUUAUGAUUGAUUGUAUAUUGUUUAACAUCUUUCACUCAUAUGGAGACGUCACCAUUGCCGAUGAAGGGCUGUAAAAUGUAGGCCUAUGCUCGGCGCUUACGGCCUUUGAGCAGAGAUGGAUCUUUAUUGUGCCACAUCUGCUGUGACACGAGACCUCAGUUUUUGUGGUCUCAUCCAAAGGAUCGCCCCAUUUAAUCGCCUUUUACGACAAGCAAGGGGGUACUGAGGAUCUAUUCUUACCCGGAUCCCCACGGAAUGGCUUUUUAUGAAGUAUUUGUUUUGCAUGGUUAAAUAUUAUGACCAAAUGUGUAAAUGGAUUGAGAGACAAAAUGACAGAUAGACCUAUAUCAAAAUGUCUGUAUACUAUCAUAAGGUUAUGACUGCAUGUCGGAAUUCACAGUGUUGCACCGAUGUUGUGAAAAUGAGCACUAGUGUAGCGGUGUUAGUGAUUUGACUAGAUAGCACAGUUUUACCAAGGACUAAUAUUUCUACUUCCGGUUACUGAUCAAGAUGUAACUAAAAGAAGAAUAUUCCGAUUGACUUCGAUCUCCUUCUUCAACUACAAUAUCAUAUUGCUGUCAAGAAUCAAUUUACCUUUGUUUAGAAUUCAAAGAAAUAGAAAUGAAAAAACAAACAAACAACUGCGUUCUCUGUUCCAUCGAAAUUUCAAAGCCCUAUUGAAAGUCUUAGGUGCCCGGGUAACGUAGUGGUUUACGCUUGCCUCUAAAUGCCGAGGCCCAAGUUCGAUCCCCGUGAGCGAGAGGUUAUUGUGGUCGCCCACUCGAACACGUGGGUUUCUUCCAGGUACUCUGGUUUCCGCACCCAUAUCAGAGUCGACGAAAAACAUUACCUUAUAUAAGUUGUAGAUCGUUGGUAUAAAAAAAAAAAAAAAAAGGAAAAGUAAACUUAUAUCUGCUUAUGUCUGUAAUCUGUCUUGAUUUAACAUAAUUAUUAUAUUGAAUUUUUUAAAGUCAGCCAAACUGACAAACCAGGCCUGGAUUUCUCGAAAAGAACUUAAGUUUAAAACUUGGACUCAAGUCUGAGAUUUUACUCAAAUUUUGACAGCUCAAUUAAAAGAAAACUCAAACUUAAGUUUUUAGAUUUUUUUGAGAAAUCCAGGCCAGAGUCUCGAUGUACGUUUACCCUUUGCCAAACAGUUGGGGCGGGGUAAACGUUGCCCGGUACUCUAGUACAUGUAUAUAUGUCGGAAGAAGCUUCUUUGGAUCCUAUUUUUGUUUUCUGUUUUGUUUCAGCUUUGCAAUACGUACCAUAUAUAUUGUCAGUCAUAAUAAUAUAUUAUACAUACAUGUUAUAAAAGCUACAAUCUUUGUAAAAUAUACCUAUGUGUGCAUGUAAGGCAGUAUUUUUUCUGUAUGACUUUCUUAAUGUUUUGUUCAAUCCUAUGUAGGGCAGUAUUCUGUGAAUUUCAGAUCUAUAUUCAUUUAUAUAUUAUAUACAUGCAUAUGUUUAAAUUGUAAAAGAAAGUAAAAAUAAACAAUAAAAACAUUAAACCGCCAA